UUACCCAAAUUUCAGACCGUUGAGAAACCUAAUUCUCCUUUUUCAAAAGAAGAAGAAAAAACCAAAGCUUUUAGUAAUCUCUUGUCUUCACCUCGUUAAACAAAAAAACAGAGCACCCAGAAAGAAAAAACAGAGCUUCUUCAAGCAUUCAACAAUGGCGGACCAAAUCGACCAUCUCCCCUUCCACGCCAUCGACCCCAGAUCUCUACUCCUCCACCAGAACUCCGGUGCCGAUCAACCCAUUUCUCUACGGCUCACGGCGGGGAGUUUUUCGAUGGAAAGAGGGCCCAGGUACAGAGCCUACGCAGAGCUCAGAGAAUCUAAGCUCAGGCGGAGGAACGCGAGGUACUGCGACGGCGAGGCGCCGGAAAAACCCACGCCGCCGGCGAAGAAGCAGGUCAAGUUUCUGGGUUCGGAAACCGUUCGGAAGAGGUCGGCGGCGGUGGCGCAAUCGGUGCCGGAUUUCUCCGCAGCGUUGAGGAAGGAGAACAGAAAGCCACCGGCGGCGGCGCUGCCGCCGGUGAUGGAGAUGACGCCACCGGGGAAGACGUGGGGGAAGAACAACGUGGGGCAGGGUCUGUCUAAUUCGAGAGGGAGUAAGUCAGCCAGUGCCGGGGAGAAGAGGGGCGGCGCCGGCGGUGGGUUAACGGCGGCGAGAAAGAGUUAUGCCGGAUUUGAAGAGCUGAAGGGGUUUUCUACGGCGGCGGCGAACGCCAUUAAUGGCGAAAUCAGGAGAGGAGGAAGGAAAGGGAAAACUGUAUUGGGAAUUAGACAGAUUUGAAAAAAAUGAAACAAGUGAUUGAUUUUCAAUGGAAGAUUGAAUACUAUUAUUGUUCUUCCACUUUUUUUUUCCUUCAUUUUGGUGGAAUUGGGUUUGUUGUGUUUUAUUUUUUAUUUUUUGGUUACCGUUAUUGGAUUUGAGAGUACUUUUGAUUCUUUAUUUGUAAUGAAUAUCUGAAGUUGUCGGAAAUAAUGAAGUGAGAUUAAAAAGAAUCUUAUUAUUAA